UACAGCAGAGACGCACUCUCCAAUAUUACUUUCUAAAGAGAGCACAGUUUUGCAGAAUUUACAGUGUUGCGAUGGGUGAUCAAGACACUAUGACUGAAGUUCCAGCUUCCUUGAAGCGUCUUGCUAAGUAUAUGGUCCGAGGAUUUUACGGGCUGGAGCACUCAUUGACUCUUGAUGUGCUCAUCCGAUACCCAUGUGUGAAAGAGGAUGACAUAGCUCUGCUUCUGAAGUUUGACAAGAAACAGCUUCGGGCAGUCCUCAACACCCUGAAGGCAGAUAAAUUUGUCAAGUGUCGCAUGCGUGUUGAAACUGGACCAAAUGGGAAAAGCACCAAACACAAUUACUAUUAUAUUAAUUAUAAAGUUCUGGUAGAUGUCGUAAAGUAUAAACUGGACCACAUCCGUCGUAAAAUAGAGUCUGAUGAAAGAGAUUCCACCACUAGAGCUUCAUUUAAAUGUCCUGGAUGUCUUAACACCUACUCUGAUCUGGAAGUCAACCAACUCUUUGAUCCAUUUUCAGAACUCUUUCGCUGCACGUAUUGCAAUGUUGAAGUUGAAGAAGAUUCAUCGUCUCUUCCCAAAAGAGAUGCCAGAACGUUACUAGCCAAGUUUAAUGAACAGAUAGAACCUAUUUUUGUGCUUCUUCAGGAAACUGAAGACAUUGUUCUUCCGUGUGAGUUACUCGAACCUCAGCCGACUGAUAUUUCAGAACUGACUGGAAGCUUUGAGCAGACCUCUAAUGUAUCAAUGUUGGAUCUACAAGGACAAUGUGGUCGAUGGGCUAACAGAAAUUCAUCUAUAGGCAAUAUGUAUGUUCAGAAUGUGACCAUUAAUGUCCGUGAGUCUGAUUUGAAGAAGAAAAGCAAAGAAAAGAAAGUGAAAGAGCAGCCAAUAUGGAUGAAAGAGAGCACUGUGCAAGGUGUCAUAACAGAGGAAAUGAAUACUAUCUUACGUAAGUGGGUUUUCCUAAUCAUUCUUGCUGUUGGAAGUCUUCCAUCAGGUCCAGCCCCCAAUGAAUCUGUGAAGGUCGAUGAAAAUGACAAUGUGAAGGAUAGCAAUAUGGAUAAUGAAGUUAUCCGAACCUUAUUAAUUCAUGAAAUGAAAUCUGCCACUGGGCCUGCUGCUACGUCACUCUCUAAAAGCGAUUCAGGGAGUGACACUAGUGAUUCUGAAGAAGAGAAUCGUUCAAAGCCAGCACUGGUUCAGCAGAGUGCCAACAUUGAGCAAGAAGAGGAGUCUGAGGCUAUUGAUCCAGUAAUCCUGGUUGGUGGCCAACCACAUACCUACAGCGAGGUCAGUCAAAACCCAGAACUUGUAUCUUUCAUGACUGAUGAAGAAAGGGAAAUCUAUAUCCAAGUAGGACAAAAAAUGUUCCAAUCAGCCUUCGAGUGAGAUGCCGUUCAUGUUUUGCUCCUAUA